UCAUGCAGAUGAAACAGCAAAACCGAGUGUCCUCUGGGCUGGAGCUACCUUACGGUACCCGAUACCCUCACCUCACUUACGGCUUCCAAUCCGAAGUCCUACUGAGACCUCCCCAAUACCAGCCCACAAAAUCAGACUUGUUUUUCCCACCACUGUCUCAAGUCCUGUAUAAACCUACCCCUACUUACCAUUCUCCGAGAGUCUUUCUACCUGUUCUUCAUCAGGGAACUUCUCCCACACUUCAGUUCCCUGUUUAUCAUGAACCUCAGGGCCCCCUGGAUUACAGACACAUCCGAGCAGCGCCCAUCCUACGCAGAACACCAAAACCACUCCUUGACGGAACACUCACUCUCCAGGAUGUAGUUGAGAUUCUCCGACUUUGUAUCUACAACGAAACAAAACAGGAUGUCACCUGUCCCGUUUGCUGCAAAAAGUACAAAAGCAAAGUCUGUCUAACAAAGCAUCUUUGGGAGCACACCAUCUACUGGUCUCAGUUUCAGGGAAUGAAGAAUCACGAGCGAGUUCUGUGCAUACAGACUGCAUUGAUCCUAUCCAAGAAUCCCUACUCCUCAAUACUCGUAACUGCACCUUGUAAAAAGAAGACUAAACACAACAGAGCAACUAUAGAGCGAUGUGUGAACAAGUCUCCUGCAAAGGAUGUCAAGAAUUCUGAAGUUAUGAAACUGUCCAGAAGCUUCACAGAACAGGAAAAUCAAGUGACUUCUCCUCAUUCUGAUUCAGUUGAGGAUUUCCUUCACUUCACUUCCACGAUUAACGAAAACGCCCGAACUACUGCACACGUGCACUCCUCUCCAAAAAUCAAAAGGAAGAGAGUUGUGCCUCCUCAUCUACUUGAUCACAACAAAGAUUUAACCAGACUAAGAUGCAGAAACCCUCAACAAGGAUGGCUCGAUAUCAACAACACCCCGAGAUUAUCUCCCCGGAGUUUCACCGCUACCGGAAACAGAGUCCGACUCCAAACCACAUUCAGAUGUCAAACUCCAGACUCCAAGUCCAUUGCAAGGACAGCAGAGCAGUACGACAGGAGUAGGCCAAUGGAAGUGGAGCAGUACAGCAGCUGCAGUGUUGGCGGGGAGUACUGCCCUAACGUGGUCACCACAACCUCACCCACUGCUACUUCUCAGCCCCAGACUACAAGUGUCUCCAGCAACAACAGAGUUUCUCCCCAAAAUCACAGUGGAGAUUCUGGAGCUGACGAUUCUGGCUAUGGCACUUCCGAGCGACAAGAUAACUCAUACCAACACGAAACUUCGUGGGAAAAAGACGAUCUAAAGAAAGAGUACAGAAAAGAGGAUUUGCCCCAGAAUGAUUCCAAUGAUAACAAUAAGAGAUUAGCAGAGUUUAUAGAGGAGCAAGAAAGCCAUCAAGGACAAGAAAGAAAAAUCCGCAAAUUUGACUCGGAGAGUAACGAAAGUAGUUCUUCCUGUCAACCGAUAUCCCAGUCCUCAUCCAGCGACGAGGGACAGCAGUCCUCCCAAUCAUGCGUCUCCAGAGAGUCUGACUUUUAUCUCCAGUGCAACUACAAGAAGAGCAAAGAAAACUCCGAACAGUCAUCUUCUUCUUCAUAAACAAUGUAUUUGGUCACACGUGACCGAGAAAUUCAAGCUUUAACGACACGAUACAGAAUUGACCUGAGACGAACGAUGUCUUUUUUCUGAUAGGGAACAAUCUAUGUAGCUUUUCAUUUUUUGAAAUUUAGGUCAACUUAUAUGUUGACACAGAAUUUGUUAAAUGUGUAAAUAUGUGUAACAAGGGUUGACUGUGCUGUCUUUACGCCAUUUCAACCAUUUUGAUAAAACUUUCCAUAGCUGAUAAUUGUGUAGAAUAAUUAAACAGAGAUAUCCGUCAGGACCUUAUUUUAUCAUGACAUGAUAAGUACCCACUAUUAUACACGUGCUGGUUGGUAACAAUGGUUAACAAUCGAGCAUUGUACCUCCACCUUUUGUCCGUCUAAUGUUUUUGAUCUUUAUCCUUAGUAUUCUCGAAAUCUUUCGGAGACUGCGAAUAUGAAUAUGUAAAAGCUAUUGUGUGAAGUACACUUUUAGUAGUAAGUAAGUAGUACACCUGCAGGAGAUUCCCAAUACAUACUUAUUUCUUUUAAAUCAACGGAUUUGUUUAAGGGCAGAUAUUGAAUUUGUCUUUUGUUAUAACAUUUGAAAAUGUUCUUUCAUACCAGU